GCGCUCACAGGUCUAGAACUGCAGGUCCAGCUCUGCAGCCUGCUGGUUUGCGGACACAAACUAUUGCAUCGAUCUCUAUGGUUUUCCUCAGGAGGAAUGCUAGCAUUAGCCUGUUAGCUCUCCAGGAAUCAGCUGUAGGAUCUGUUGACGUGUUUACGUUGUUUGGCUUUCGAUUGUUUGUGUGUAAACAAUGAAUUUAUUACCGUCUAACCCCCACGGGAACGGCCUCCUUUAUGCUGGAUUCAACCAGGAUCACGGAUGCUUUGCCUGUGGGAUGGAGAACGGAUUCCGCGUGUAUAACACAGAUCCUCUUAAGGAGAAGGAGAAACAAGUUUCAGAGUUCCUGGAGGGCGGGGUCGGACACGUGGAGAUGCUCUUCAGGUGUAACUAUCUCGCUCUGGUGGGAGGAGGGAAGAAGCCAAAGUACCCAACAAACAAAGUGAUGAUCUGGGACGACCUGAAGAAGAAGACAGUUAUUGAGAUCGAGUUCUCAACAGAAGUCAAAGCAGUGAAGCUUCGGCGUGACAGGAUUGUGGUGGUUCUGGACUCAAUGAUCAAAGUCUUCACCUUUACCCACAAUCCCCAUCAACUGCAUGUGUUUGAGACCUGUUAUAACCCCAAAGGUCUGUGCGUGCUGUGUCCCAACAGCAACAACUCCCUGCUGGCGUUCCCAGGGACUCAUUCAGGCCACGUGCAGAUCGUGGACCUGGCUAACACAGAGAAGCCUCCAGUUGAUAUACCGGCCCACGAGGGGGCGCUGUGCUGCAUCGCUCUAAACCUGCAGGGCACAAGGAUAGCUACCGCCUCAGAGAAAGGGACUCUUAUUAGAAUCUUUGACACGUCUGCAGGUCAGCUCAUACAGGAGCUGAGACGAGGCUCUCAGACAGCCAACAUUUAUUGCAUCAACUUCAACCAGGACGCGUCUCUCAUCUGCGUUUCCAGUGACCAUGGCACCGUGCACAUCUUCGCUGCAGAGGACCCCAAGAGGAAUAAACAGUCAAGUUUGGCAUCAGCGAGCUUUCUUCCCAAAUACUUCAGCUCCAAGUGGAGCUUCUCCAAGUUCCAGGUUCCCUCAGGUUCUCCCUGUGUGUGCGCCUUCGGAACGGAGCCCAAUGCCGUCAUAGCCAUCUGUGCUGACGGCAGCUACUACAAGUUCCUGUUCAACCAGAAAGGGGAGUGCGCCCGAGACGUCUACGCCCAGUUCCUGGAGAUGACCGACGACAAAAUAUGACCUUCCACCCUCCCGGAGACUCGCUUAUUGACACAGCUUGUUUUUGUUUUGUUCGUUCAUUUCGGAGGAGGAGAGGUCCCACGCUGCACUUCUCCUGAUCUUGACAGACUCUGUAAAAAGAGCUUUAGAGGAGGAAGAAGGGAGGAAAAAAAAGAGAGAGAAGCACAGACUUUGGAGGAAAAAGAAAACCCUCACAGCAGAGAGAGACGAGUGCAGACUCGUGUCUCUGGUGGACUCUUGAGGAUCGUCUCUGGACAGACGGACACCAAACACUAGAGAAAAGAGGGAAAAAAGUCAUUUUUUUGAACGGACAACAUGCCGCUUUUUACGACGUCUUCCGAGGAAUUUCCAAAGGACGGUUAUUUUUAAUCACAUAGAUGAUUCAGAUUGAAGAUGAAGAGAUUUUUGUCAGCUAACACCACCUAACCUAACUAUAGGGAGUGCCUCGAGACUGGAGAGAAUCUGUAUGUGUGCACAUAUUAUUGUUGUCAUAUAUACAUGUGUGUUUGUGUAUAUACCAAUGUACCAUAUAAGGUGUUUGCAAAAGCAGAAUCCGAAUGAGGUAACACUGAAGCGGCACCACAGUAUUACUAGAUUUUCUUAUAUUCACUGUAUAAACACCGCGCCAGACUGAACUCCAAACUACAUAGAACUGUACAGGAUAGUAGCAGGAAAUUACUAACAUGUCUUUUUAUUUCUCUAGUCCCUUUUUUUUCAUACAUUGUGCAAUAUGUUUUCCAUAAUUGCUUUUUGUUUAAGAGCUCGUGACAGUUGACUGUUUCAACCCGACCAAGAAAAGCUUAAAGAAAUAAUUUAUCAUUUGUAGGGAAAUACUGUUAAUUUCUCUCUUGCAGAGAGUUAGAUGAGAAGAUUGGCGUCAGUGUGCUGCAUAUGAAACUACGAUUAGCACUUAGCUUAGCUUAGCAUAGCAUAAAAACAGGAAGUAGCUAAUCUGGAUCUGCAUGAAGGAAACAAAAUCUGCUGACCAGUACCAAUAAAAAGCUCUCUGAUUAACACAUUAUAACACAUUAUCCUUAAAAAAAAAAUACUGUAGAACCAAAAC